AUGCAAACGGCUCGUAAUGCUCAGAGGAUCACCAUCUCAGCCAAUCAUCUAUCCAACCAAAAUUUACUCAAACGUUCAAAUCCAACAUUUUUUCGCCCAUUUCACUCUUCUAAACCUAUUUUAGGCGCAGGUGAAUCAGAUAUCGAACUCUCAACCCGUCUUGCUCAAGAGAUUGAAUAUGAAAGAGAAAAUAAUGUAAACCCAAACGAAAGUUCAAACGAACCUGCAUUUUUGACCAAUUUUCGUUCUCAAGGCAUUUGGAAAAUUGAAGAUCAACCUGGCUCGGAUGAGAUUGCACUUAUUCGUGAUUUCGGAAACGAACAUAUUCGUGUCCUUUUCAGCAUUGGCGAUAUUGGUGAAUCGGCCGAAGCUGAUGAAAUGGAAGAAAGUGAAGAUAUGAAUGAGACAAAGGAAGAAGAAGAAGAAACGCCUGCUUUUCCCGUCCGAUGUGCAAUCACGAUCUCCAAACAAUCUCAAGGCGCUUUAACCAUUGACGCACAAGCAAUUGACGGUAGCUUCACAAUCGAAAAUAUUAGCUUUUAUAAAGAUGCAAAAUUGGCAACCGAUCUUACAGCAGAGGCAGAUUGGGCUCGAAGAGGAUUGUAUAUCGGACCGCAAUUUGACACUUUAGAUCAGUCUGUACAAGAACAAUUUGAACACUUUUUGGAAGAACGAGGAAUUGCGACAGAAUUGGCAUUAUUUAUUCCAAACUUUGCCGAAUUUAAAGAACAAAGGGAAUAUUGCGCUUGGUUGGAAAAUGUGAAAGCAUUUGUGGACGCAUGA